AUGGGUCCCAAUGACAACUUCACAACCUCGCGCUGGCGGCGCAACCGGUCCAAUGCAAACCUCCUCGAGCAGAACCUCCAACCGAUGCCGAGUGCUGCCAAUAUGAACUCGCUCAGGCCGCCGCCGGCACUCGAGCGCAAGAACUCCAGCAGAAUGUCCCUCUUCAAUCUCUUCAGCAAGCCCAAGGUAGAGAAAGCGAGAGGUCACAUAGAGGUGGGCCUCGCUGUCCCGAUGCAGCCACAAGAGCCACCCCGGCCAGCCUCACCACCGAAAUCUGCGCUACGGCCGAACCCUCCACCCCAAGCACAGCAAGUGCAUCGAAUGCGAUCGAGCCAAUUCCUCCGACCCAAGUCUAUGCGACCGCCCAGCAUCGCACGGCAUCCGGGCGAUGACUGGGAGCCGCCACCGCUUUUCCAGGCCUAUCCCCAGGCGAUCAAGUACGCGACAAUCCAGGCUUGCGUAUAUUCCCCAGAUGCCCUCAUGAGGACUCAAAGCCAGAGAAGACAGGCAGAAAUGAUGCGCGAACGCAUGGAUAGCCACAGAGAUCUAUCAACAACACUCGAGACUCCCUCCGAACAUAAGAAGCUGGAGAAGACCCACAAGCGCUUGGACUCGAUCUUACAUUCUACCCCACAAUUGACCAACAAGAUCUACGUCUUGGUCACCUCGGGUCACAUCUUGCAGUAUUCUGGCGAAGGCCCCUUCGAUCGCCUUCCCGAAAGAGUUCUCAGACUGGGCAAGGACUCUGCAGCAUUUGCCUCCGAUUUGAUACCCGGCAAGCAUUGGGUCUUGCAGAUUCUACACAGUGCAAACGAGGACGGCACCGCGGGUGACGGGCCGAAACAUUCGCUCCUUCACCGACUUCGAAUUGGGGCUCCUGCCAGAAGGGAUGCAUCAAGCUUUCUGCUCGUUAUGGAGAGCGCUGAAGAGAUGGAGUCAUGGAUGACGAUAGUCCGAAAAGAGAUCGAGAAUCUCGGAGGCAAGAAGGCAAGCAGCGAGUCCAGCAGAAAUUCUGCAUCGAUUGACGAGUCGCCUGAGAAUACUUCCAUUGAACGACCGUACCAACGACCACCCGUCAAGCGUGGAUCCAGUCGCUUAAGUACAAUUACACCGGUUGACUCGCCACUACAAUCGCAGUACUCGGACUCCCCUAGGAUUGUCACAUCUGAAUGGGAGAGUGGUCGCAAAGAGAAAGCCGCCAGCGUGGUCGAUUCUGCUAGCAUCCAAUCCUCGCGACCAAGCCUACAACGCCAGUCUGUCGAGGCAUCCUCCAUUCCUACAAGUCGAGACUCCCACGAGCAGAUCCAACUUGAUCAGCUUCGUGAGAGAUCGCGAUACUCGUAUGUGUCUAGUGCGACUUCUGUUUCGGGUGUCAACACUCGUAAUACGUCGCGAGAUCCGUCGCCAGCUCCGCCGUCCCCUAUCAAAGAAGUUUCAACGCCGGCAGAUGCAGAACCGCGCCGAAGCGAGACGUCACUUAGGUCGUUUCACAUGCAUCCAGGGAACAACAGCACCCGCCGAAGAUCCAUGCAGCCCCUGCCUGUCACAAACGAGGACAUCACUGCGUCUGCGCAGAUUGCACGCACGCCUAAGCGCCAUUCUAUUUAUGGCCCCACGUCACCAACCACGAGCGAGCCAAGACGAAAAUUGGAGGUCGGCACGCCAUUGUCAGACCCUAUAAUACUGAACUCGUCAUUGCGUGCAUGGUCACCUGCGAACAACGUUCAGCCCAGGGCUUCUGCCCAGUCUCAGAAUGCGCUCCCAGCGCCAUACAUGCUGAGGAGCUCAAGUGCGCCCCCUGGGAACAUGCUCAGUGCAUUGUCGCCGCCACCUCAGCAGCCGCUACCGACACCUCCAUCCCAGCGCCCUCAGUCCACGUCCCUUGGUAAUAUGUCCAAUGCCGCUGCCGCUCUACCAUACCCAGGUGAGCGCCGCAUAUCGGCGACACCUAAGCCCUACCUCCGUCCUCUUCCUGUACGACCACAAAGCCAAAAUUCCGACGGCUCCGUCGUCGUCCCGCGUCGCUCCUCCCUCGCCUCAGGCAACAAACCCGCCCGCCUCCCGCUCGGCGUCGUCGUAAAUCGCUCCGUCACUGAGCCCGCCCGGCCUUCCACCACUGCCAGCCCCAUCACCCAGCGCCAAAGUAGCCCCUCCCGGCCCUACCAGCCCGCCCAACCCCAACCAGCAGGCCAGUCCCUACGCCGACCCACCUCCGUCCAAAUUCGCUCCGACCCCGCUCCCUUCCUCUCCUCCUCGCGCCCAAACCGCGUCGUAUCAAGCGCCCCUUCGUUCGUGCCGGGCAACCGCAGUAUCUCCAGCACACCCCCUAGUAUUCCUGUGCUCAGGGGCCACGGGCAGCAGCUCGCGCCACCGAAGAAUCUCGCUCCGAGGAGGAGUAUGCCGGCGAUGGGAUUGCCGCCGCCCGCGCCGCCGCCGAAUAUGCCGCUGCCGCCUCCGCCGCCGACGACGACGGUUGGGGGAGCGAGGGCUGUGGCGGUGUAG